CCCCGGGGCGGAAACCCUGUCAACCCAGAGAAGUUGCUGGUGAUCACCGUGGCCACAGCCCAGACGGAGGGGUACCGGCGUUUCCUGCGAUCAGCCGAGUUCUUCAACUAUACAGUGCGGACACUGGGCCUGGGAGAGAAGUGGCGAGGGGGUGAUGUGGCCAGAACAGUCGGUGGAGGACAGAAGGUCAGGUGGCUAAAGAAGGAAAUGGAGAAAUAUGCCGACCGGGAGGAUAUGGUCAUCAUGUUUGUGGACAGCUAUGAUGUGAUUCUGGCUGGCAGCCCCUCAGAACUGCUGAAGAAGUUUGUCCAGAGUGGCAGCCGCCUGCUGUUCUCUGCAGAGAGCUUCUGCUGGCCUGAGUGGGGGCUGGCAGAGCAGUACCCUGAGGUGGGCACGGGGAAGCGCUUCCUCAACUCUGGUGGAUUCAUUGGCUUUGCCCCCACCGUCCACCAGAUUGUCCGCCAGUGGAAGUACAAGGACGACGAUGAUGAUCAGCUGUUCUACACUCGACUCUAUCUGGACCCAGGACUGAGGGAGAAAUUCAGCCUUAAUCUGGAUCAUAAAUCCCGGAUCUUUCAGAACCUCAAUGGGGCUUUAGAUGAGGUGGUUUUAAAAUUUGAUCAAAAUCGUGUGCGUAUACGGAAUGUGGCCUACGACACGCUUCCUGUUGUGGUGCAUGGGAACGGUCCCACUAAGCUCCAGCUGAAUUACCUGGGAAACUAUGUCCCCAAUGGCUGGACUCCUGGGGGAGGCUGUGGAUUCUGUGACCAGGACCGGAGGACACUCCCAGCGGGGCAGCCUCUCCCCCGGGUGCUUCUGGCCGUGUUUGUGGAACAACCGACCCCGUUCCUGCCCCGCUUCCUGCAGAGGCUGAUGCUCCUGGACUAUCCCCCCGACAGGAUCACCCUCUUCUUGCAUAACAACGAGGUGUACCAUGAGCCCCACAUUGCCGACUCCUGGCCCCAGCUCCAGGACCACUUCUCAGCUGUGAAGCUGGUGGGGCCGGAGGAGGCCCUGACCCCAGGCGAGGCCAGGGACAUGGCCAUGGACAAGUGUCGGCAGGACCCCGAGUGUGAAUUCUACUUCAGUCUGGACGCUGAUGCCGUCAUCACCAACCAGCAGGUUCUGCGCAUCCUCAUUGAAGAAAACAGGAAGGUCAUAGCACCCAUGCUGUCCCGCCAUGGGAAGCUGUGGUCAAACUUCUGGGGAGCCCUGAGUCCUGACGAGUACUACGCGCGCUCCGAGGACUACGUGGAGUUGGUGCAGCGGAAGCGAGUGGGCGUGUGGAAUGUGCCCUACAUUUCCCAGGCAUAUGUGAUCCGGGGGGAGACCUUAAGGACAGAGCUGCCUCAGAGGGAGGUGUUCUCCGGCAGUGAUACCGACCCAGACAUGGCCUUCUGUAAGAGCCUGAGGGACAAGGGCAUCUUCCUCCAUCUCAGCAAUCAACAUGAAUUUGGCCGCCUCCUGGCCACUUCCCGGUAUGACACAGACCACCUACACCCCGACCUCUGGCAGAUCUUUGACAACCCCCUGGACUGGAAGGAGCAGUAUAUUCACGAGAACUACAGCCGGGCUCUGGAAGGGGAGGGACUCGUGGAACAGCCAUGCCCAGAUGUGUACUGGUUCCCCCUGCUCUCAGACCAGAUGUGUGAUGAGCUGGUGGAGGAAAUGGAGCACUAUGGUCAGUGGUCAGGAGGCCGGCAUGAGGACUCAAGACUAGCUGGAGGCUACGAGAAUGUGCCCACCGUAGACAUCCACAUGAAGCAGGUGGGCUAUGAGGACCAGUGGCUGCAGCUGCUGAGGACGUACGUGGGGCCCAUGACUGAGAGCCUGUUCCCAGGCUACCACACCAAGACCCGGGCAGUGAUGAACUUUGUGGUCCGCUACCGGCCGGAUGAACAGCCUUCUCUGCGGCCACAUCAUGAUUCAUCCACCUUCACUCUCAACGUUGCUCUCAACCACAAGGACCUGGAUUAUGAGGGAGGUGGCUGCCGCUUCUUACGCUACGACUGUGUGAUCUCAGCCCCACGGAAGGGCUGGGGGCUUCUGCACCCUGGCCGUCUCACCCACUACCACGAGGGGCUGCCUACCACGAAGGGCACUCGCUACAUCAUGGUGUCCUUUGUCGACCCCUGACACUCAACCACUCUGCCAAACCUCUCCUGCCGUUGUGCCUUCUUAUGCCCCAUUCCUGGGAGAGGGUCUCUCUGGCUCUUCAUCUACUGAGUGUAUGUUCGGUGUGUCUGGGACUGGAUGUCUCACCUCGCUUCCCAACCCCCAACACACAGCCCUCUCAAGAAGCUCCUGGAGCCCCCUUGUCCCUCCCUUCAGCCCCCAAGAGUUCAUGGGAGAGAGCUUCUGGGGUUCCCCAUGUGAUAACUUAUUGUUUCUUAGCCUCACUCCCAAUAAAGGAGGAUUUGUAA